AUGAACGACAGUGCCAUCAGGGAUUCCCUACAAAUAGGCCAGCCCACAUGCCCUAUCACAAAGGGGUGCAUCUUGGAAGGGGAACUUGCCGUUUACAGUGGCAAGGAACAUAGAAUUCUCAACUUCUACAAGAUCAGAAAGCACAUUUUCAGAUCUGGGACCUUCAUUGGAACUGCACAGGAUUCACAGGCACAUUCAUGGGAACACCUCAUGAUUGUCUACUAUGACGUCCGCAUGCUUGACGACACAUCAUUACUUUCAGUCAGAAUUCAGAGAGCCAAAUCGGACCUGCGCCGUGCUUUUGCCGAGUGUAUCACCGCCAAGGGAGAGGGGCUUGUCCUCAAGUCAGAUGACCCCUACUUCAACUUUGACAGCAUGCGAAGACCCUAUAGAUGCUGUGCCAUCAAGCUAAAGAAGGAAUACAUCAGCAACUUUGGAGACAUUGGGGCCUUUGCAAUAGUUGGUGCCCGGUAUGACGCUGCAAAAGCCAGAACCUACAACAUUCCUCACCUCAAGUGGGCACACUUCUAUGGGUAUGAUAGUGCAGCAGACGAAGGCAUCGACCGCGACCGCGACCGUGAUGUACUCUCCGAGGACGCUCACGACGAGAAUACUCUGCAAAAUCGGACACGAUCAAUUGAGGCCUCAUGCGGGCUAUCGUCCUUUUCAGUCCUGCUGUCUCCUUGCAUAGCCAACUUUCCGUAUGUUGGAGAUUUACUCAGAUGCCAUGGAAUCCAUGAGCCUGUCAUAGAUGCCAAUAGCUGGAAGGAGACACGGUUUGCCUCGACGAAAAGACUGGCGUUGGUUGAGCCCCAGCGACGUGAGGCUACUCAGGCCUUUUUUGACGUCAUUACAUCGCUCGAGUUGAGGAAACGAGGCUUGGAUGAGCAUGAGUAUAUCCCCAUCUUUGAUUGGAGGGUAUUGGAGAGAAUGAAGACGGAGGAGGCUAAGAAGGAGAUGGAGGCGAGGGGAGAAAGAUGAGAGGUUUGCUGUUGCUAUAUUAUGGAGAAAGGGAGGUUUGGGGAGAUUUGGGACAGGUUUUUGCAGGGGUUUGUUUGAGUGUCUGUUUUUGGGGGAUGGAUCAGGGACAUGGACAUACCCAGGAGGCAUGGGUAGAUGAUGAGUUUUGUAGAAUACGGGUUGCAUGAUGGCCAAUAGAGAUUACAACGGCGGAUUGCCUGAGUUAAGCA